CUUCUGUACUUACCCAGUGAGCUAACAUAUUGGCUGAACAAGUCCGACAUCCUACACUUCAAUGGAGGAACAGCCCAGAGAUCGGGCACAAGACAAGAAACACCACCACCAGGGAGAGGACAGAAACUCUAUUCAACAUCCAACUUGUCUAAAAAAUGAUCAGAGCCACUUCCAGCGCCAGCAUCAGGAAACGCAGACGAAGAAAACAGGUUGGGCCAUCCGGAAAAGCAAUAAAAAAGUAAACAUCAGUGAGGAGGAGGGGGAGAAGAAUCCACAUCUGUCUGAUACUGUUGGUAUGUUGCAUCCCCCCAACAGCAAUGGUAACAGACACCCAAGUAAUACAAAUGUGAAGCAGAAGUCAGCACAAAAGCUGUACACGACUGUUCCAAAAGUGAGCAGCAAAGGAUUGGACCAUAAGAAGAAUAUGGACCUUAAAAAUGACAAGGAAAAGGCCCUGGAUUUGAAUCAUCAUGAGGGCCAGCCUUUGGAUAAGAAAGACUCUGUGUUGCUUCAAAAUGGCGUUGUAAACUGUGGCUUAAUUACAAAUGGCUAUUCAAGCAAGGACAACGAUGGCAGCGGCUCCGAAGGUGGAUAUACUACUCCGAAGAAACGCAAGGCCAGAUGUAACAACGCAAAGAACACUGAUAAUGUGAUUAGAGAGAAGGAGAAAGACAUGCAGCAGGGCAACACUACACAGGAGCAUGGGGCUUUUAAUCUUGAGACGACUGAGAAGGGAGUGACUUCCAGACUUGACGUCUUCAGAGCCGCCCAUAAAGUAGAAGCUCAGUCAGCAGGUAGACGGGCUGUUACGUCAGAGGCUUCAAUGGGUGAAUCUCAGAGGAAAAACUCUGAUGGCAAAACAGUUGGCACCUUUGGUAAAAAGACUGAGGAAAGGCACAAAGCCAAGCUUUCCUCACCUUCAAAAGAGGACUCGUGGACUUUGUUCAAGCCCCCUCCAGUAUUUCCUGUGGACAAUAGCAGUGCUAAAAUUGUUCCCAAGAUCAGUUAUGCAAGUAAAGUAAAAGAAAACCUCAACAAAGUAGCUCAAGGUGGAGGAGAGGCACUGCCUCCUCCUGUUAGACUGUCACAGGUCCCUAUGUCUGCUAUGAAAACUAUCACCUCAGCUAGCUUUACUAAUGGUCCUGUUUCUGGAAAUGGAAACGGCUGCCCAGUGGGUACCUUCUUUGCUCCUGCUGCUAGUAGUAUUCCACCAGCCCCAUCUAUCCCAAGUGGCGAGAAUGUAGCAUCUCCUUUGGAAAGUAACUGUAGCUCUACGACUAGUCCAAUAGAUGGAGAAGCAUAUGAGCUUAGAAAGUGUACUCUUUUAAUUUACCCUUUAAAUAUGCAACCUGUGCUCCCUAGUGCUCGUCACCUUGACCCACCGGCUGCUCAGACAAAUCAGAAAGCCUUGGGAGAUAUCUUCCAGAAUCAGUGGGGGCUUUCCUUCAUCAAUGAGCCCAACUUGGGGCCAGAAGGAGGAAGUGGCCAGUUGCCUGCAGAGGACAAAACUACUGUGGUCACGCCUCAAAGCGAGUGUCAGGCUGUCGCAGCCAAGGCUGCCCAGCCCUGCUUUGAUGUUAGCCCAACAUUCUUAGAGCCUGGCACUUUGGCUCAAGACCCUGAGAAAAGGACUUGUGCCCCUUGCAAUGUGUCUAAUGCUUGUUCACCUGCUUGUGUGACAAGUGAGGAGGAGAACAAGCUGCAGCCAUGUGGCCAGGAAAAGACAAAAGCUGAGGGCAAGGGUGCAGCUUCUGCUGCGUCAGCCCCCAGUAAAGACAACGGUGCUAAGCCUGCACAGGGCCAACUAACCACUUUGUUGUUUGGCUCAUCUAAAGAACAGGCCCACUCUAAAGACAUUGGCAGAAGGUGUAGCUGGGGGUCCUUUGACAUUAAAGCUGCUGUCACUUAUCACACUAAAGAAAUGGAAUUCAUUUUGAACUUGCAAAAACAAGAUCCAAAAAGAGUAGUGGUUUAUGACGAGACUAAGGAUGGACCUGAUCAGUGAGGUAGAUCGUCUACAGUACUUACCUUCUUCUCUACUGGGUGCUGCAGUUAUCUACCUUGGAAAUCAUAAAUCCUGUUGGACAGAUAAAGUGACAACUGUGAAAACAUUGAUAGUAUAGCAUGACAGAUUUUCCUUGGAGUCUCGGGUGGAAAAAGCAGACUUCUUUGGGGGCAUCAGACAAACGCGCACACGCUCUGGAGGGACGUUAGAGGAGCCGAUCGGUGCCUCUGCUACAUGCUAAACAGACACCUGCAACUUCGGAGCUGCGUUAGUCGUUUGUCUCAUGGCUCUUCAGGAUGAUGUUCGGGAGUUCAACAAAGGAAGGUGUCAUGGAUUGCACCUCCCUAAGCCUUUAUCCUGUUGAACUGCGGCAGCCGUCAGUCUGACUAUGGGAUGCCUCAGUCAUUUUCUUUCUUCACGCGUUCAAAUGAGUUCAUUGUAGAUAUGUUAGACGUUAUACAUACACAUCUGUGUGCAAGCUUGAAUUAAUCGUGGAAGAAAGGAGAACACACUUUGCAAAGAUUGCCUUGGAGUUGUGGAAUAAAGGUCUAUUGGAGUCCUGUUAAACUGUAAGUUAAGUGAAAGCUCACAGGUGAGGCCCCAUCCAGGAAGGGAGAACCUUGUCUUAAAUCCUUUUUUAGGGGAAAUCAGAGCCCAGAAAUGUAAUGCUUGCUUUUUCUUUUAUACUGUUUUGUCUGAGCUAACAUGAUGAGUGUUAUCCGCACUGCAGUGUGACCCCCAGAGCACAGGUACAGAAGUGCCCCAUUUGAAGGAAAGCUACGCCCCUUCAUUCAUUGUUUAUUACAGGUAUGCUAAAGAUUUUCAAAUCAGGUCUCCAUUAAAGGCAAAACCUUUUCAUUUAAAGCUUUUCAUACAUUUCAUGCAGACAGUAAUGAAGUCAGUGCAGUCUAAUUUUCAACUGAGAUACAUACGUAUAACUCCUGAGUAAUCUGAGUGACAAAUGUUAAGCAAGAGAUGCUGCAACCAAUGCGGUCUUCUGCGUUUUGUGCGAUUUGUUCAGCAGCAAGACUCAGGAUGUCCAUUCAGAUUAUUUUGCCUGCAUUUCUGUUUUUUGUGUACAAACUACUCAAUUCCUCUUAUCAAAGGAACACAUGUUGCUGUUUUCUGACUUCGAUUUUUAUUGUUUUCUGACUCAGCAUUGGGUCUUUUCUGUCUUAUUUGGCAUUGAGUUUCCUGCAUGUUUACUGGUGGAAAUGAACGAGUCAGAGGUCGCUCUUCAUCGCCACGCAAAGAUAACAGUAACACGACAACAAUUGCAAUACUAAUCUAGGUUUCCCCGACUAGCCACUUUGUCAAACUGUGUCGAAAUGUGAAGAUGAGUUGUAAUUUUAUGUUUUACUGUGGAUAACAUUUUACAUUUGCAAACCAGUGUGCAAUAACACCAUGAGAUCCAUACAAUGUGUGAAAUGGGUUCUAUGGAGCUACAGAAUAAUUGCCCAAGAUGCUGGUGUGGCCUGCAGUUCAUUUGUUUGUUCAGAAGUGUUAAAGGUGUGUUUUAAGUUUGUUACACCAAUCCUUGAGGUGUUUUUUAUUUUUAUUCUUUUUGUAAUCGCAAAAGAGCUCAUGUUGAAAGAUCUAAUGAAGUCUAGGGAGCCCAAAUUUGCUAACUGCUAACUGGCCAGCUGUGACAUCACUUUCAUCGCCAUCUCCAAAUCAGGAUUGGUUUUCUCAAUGUAACGAAGGAACUGUCCAGGUUUCUGUUCUCUAGAAGAUAUGAUUUGGUUAAUGUGUGGAUUAAUAGCACUUUAUGUAAACUAAUUGCUUUUAUCUUUUAAUUACUAGAGAGAUCUAUAUGUACUGACAAGAAAUACUCCUUGAAAGAAUGGCUCUGGGCUGUUACUUUUCAGAAAAAAAAAACACAUUGAUAAAUACAGAAUUAUUAAAUGUAACUCAGGUAGUGUUGAUAAAGCCAUGACUAUGUUAAAUAUUGUUUUUGCCAAAUGGCCCCUGUCAUGUAACGUUCUCAAAUUGGAAAUGUUGAAGUGGAGUCCUCUUAUGUAGAGUCUCAUAUGAUGUGACAAAACACCAAAUAAUUACUUGUGAGGAAAACUGUCAUGGCAUGCAAGGUGCCGUCAUUAAUUAUUCUGGGCUCUAAAAAUCAAAGUUUUCCUGCUCGUUUCCCUUAAAAAAAAAAAAAAGCACAUUGCUCCAUGCGUUUUCUAUGUGUACUAGACUGUAAUCUGCUUCUUGCAAUCUUUGAUGG